AUGUAUUCGAGCAGUCAUUCCACAGCCACUGUUUGCCUUGUGUUCUUGUCAAUUCAAACAAUGUUAUGGCCAAUGGUUUAAAGUGUAUUAAGAGGGAGGAAGAUGAGGCUAAAAAAGAAGGACAGUCAUACCCUGGAGAUGGACUGUCGACACUCAGAAGACUCUUUGGUCGGUUUUAUUAUUCCUGCAAUUUAUCUGUCAAUAGGAGAUAACUCUUCACUAUUUCAGGGAAUCAACCAUAUAAUAACUAUAGCCCGUUUGCAAUUGAUCUUCUAACAAUUUUAAUCUUCGACUUUGGGGUUCACAAGCAAGCCGAUGGAUGGGAAAGACCAUUCAGAGAUAUUACUGCUGUAUUCGCUUUUAUCAUUUUUAUUCUGCUACUAUUACUUUGUGUCAUUUUAUUCCAUUACAACAAACAUUACAAGGGUUAUCUCAAGUUGGUGUUACAUCCUUCUUUAAUAUUGCUCCGUAUACGCUCGUCGAAGAAGACACAGGUGUAAUGCAUACUAUUCCAUCUCCCGUUAUUACAAAUGAACCUAGUAAGCAGCUUAAACUUGAUUCUUCUCCUAAUAUUCAUGAUGAAGGUCUAUUCGCAUGCACUAAUGUAAGAACACUAUCUGGUGGUGAAAAUUACAGAAAACAUGAUCGAUUUAGAAAUCAUCCAAUCUGCUUUUUGAAGAAUCCGUAA